UCGUUGAAUCGAGGGAGCCUGUUCUGAAAUUCUGGAAAAUGGAGUCGUUGUCUUUGUUAUCGACAUCAUAAGUUGAGAUAUCGGAAUUACUUUUGUAUUUCAAAAGGAUAUGGGACAUUUUCUCGACAUUAAUGGUAGAAUCAGAGAGUUGCUCCAUCAAGCAUAAAUCAGGCGAACCCUGUUGACAGAAACACCCCCGUCCUGACGUAACCUAAAAGCUGUGGCUGGUUGUCAAUAAAUUAGGUCAAAAUUGAAAAAAUAAUGUGAUCGGAGAAAGAAACGUAACGAUUCAUAAUUUAAUUGCUACAAUUACGUAUAAUUUUCAUUAAUAACAAAUAGAAAAAGAUCAAUCAACGAAUUUUUUCAAAAAUGAAUUCCAACGAAAUGAGUGAUUUACAAAAGUUGGAAGAAGGUGCAAAGGCCACAGGUACGAAACACGUAAUAAACAUGCUUCAAAGACCGGGUCAAUUGGAAAAGGUCGAGCAGUAUAAACGCAGAAUAGCUCGUAAAAAGGCGUCGGUUGAAACAAUGUUAAAAACAGCGAUGCAGAGUGAAUUGGACGGAGUCAAAGUAGGAUUUAAUCAGUUGCAAAGUUCCCUGAAAAUAAUCCGUUCGGUCAAGGAAGAGCUCGAUUUGAUAGGCGAGUCGUUCGGUGCUGCGCUAGAACUGAGUACAAAGUUGCAAGCGGUUCAAGACGAAAAUAUGCGUCAUUCACAGUACGUAACCGCAAAAGAAAAUCUAAAGCAUAUAUUCACAGUACCGGAGAGCGUAGAGAAAACAAAACAGUGGAUAAACGAUGGUGAGCUCUUGCAUGCUCACCAGAGUCUUAUGGAUUUGGAAAAUUCACGAGAUGAUUUGCUCUAUGAACUACACAAACUUCCCAAUCAAUCGGUACCGGAUACAUUGAUGUUGAAAGCUUAUUUUGAAGAUGUAGAAAUGCUCUCCAAACUCAUGGAAAAACAGAUUAAACUUGUACUUGGACGUACUCUCAACACAGUUAGAAAAGAGCCAACAGUCAUUGUCACUGCUUUGAGAAUCAUUGAGAGGGAAGAGAAAUCCGAUCAUUUUGCAAAUCAAAGACACAAACAGAGUGGUUUUAUGCCACCUGGAAGGCCCAAAAGAUGGAAAGACAUGGCUUUUGAAGUUCUUGAAAAAGCAGUGUCAAAUAGAAUAGAAGGAACACAAGUAGAAGAGAGAGCUGACAACAAAAUGUGGCUAGUCAGAUAUCUCGAAUUGACAAGACAACUAAUCCUUGAAGAUCUCAGAGUCGUUAAAACCCUCUGCCAACCUUGUUUUCCACCAAAGUAUGAAAUAAUAAGAAAAUUUGUUGUUAUGUAUCACAACAGCUUAUCCCUCCAUCUCAGGGACAUAAUAGCAGGUGGAUUGGAAGGAAACGAGUAUGUUUCUUUACUCGCUUGGAUAAUAAACACCUAUACUGGACACGAGCUCAUGAAACACCCUGAACUAAACAUAGACACCAGUGAUAUUGGACCACUUUUAAGUAACGAGAUAAUCGACGAUUUACAAGAGAAAUAUUUGCGAAACAUGUGUCAGAACUAUGAGGACUGGAUGAAAAAGACACUGGAGACAGAAAAAGUUGAUUGGUGGAGCGGUAUUUUGCCGGAAGGGACGAGUCAGGAUACCUAUUACCACACAGCCGCUCCGGUCAUCAUAUUUCAAAUGAUCGAUCAAAAUCUCCAGGUAACCAAAACUAUCAGCAGUGAUUUAACAGCUAAAGCUCUUCUCUUAUGUAUAGAACAAGUUACCAAAUAUGGAAGUAUGUAUCGUCAAGCUAUACAAGAUUUCAAAGCUAGACACUUUGAGGAUCGCAGUCAGGUACCUUAUUUCACGCAUCACAUGAUCACAGUCGUCAACAAUUGUUUACAAUUCGUCGAACUGGCACAACAAAUGAAACAGCUGUAUUGGGUUCCUACAGCCAGUGGUGACGCGGCGAUUAAAUUCGAGAGUUUACUCGCAACUUAUCAGCACUUGAGAAACGAAACUGCUGCUAUUCUCCUUGAAGAAUCUUUCUUGGACCUCGAGCGUCAGUUCCAGGAUCUUCUCACACCAAAAUGGCUCGCAUCUCCCAUUCCGGUUUCCACUAUUUGCGUCACGCUCGAAGAUUAUUUCCAGGAUUACAAUCAUCUUCGUCCCAAAAAUUUUGAAUACAUCAUAACGGAAGCUCAAAAUUUGAUUGCGAAAAGGUACAUCGUGGCGAUGUUGCAACGGAAAAUUUCGCUCAAAACUUACGAAGACUGCUUGACCUGCACCUCCAAAAUAAUGACCGAAGCUGACGAAUUGAAGAACUUCUUCGUUCGCAUCGCACCUAAAGUUGGCAACUUUGAUUGCCCCUUUGAAAUUAUCAAACGACUUGCCGAAGUUCUCCGCUGUGAAGACUCGGAAAUUUUAUCUCUUGACUUACAUUCGUUGGUCGAAAAAUAUCCCGACAUGACCGAAGAUCAUUUGGUCAGGCUACUCAGCCUCAGAGGCGAUAUCUCACGCAGCGAAGCUAAAGAAAAAGUCUCAUAUAUUCUCGAGGCACAGAGAAAUAGGAAAACAUCUCAGCCCAUUUCGAAUAGUAUAUUUAGGCAUAUCGUUAUACAGGAUAGUUUCCUUAAUUGGAAACCUUGAGGAUCCUAAAUUUUUGUGAUUUCAUUUUUAAUGGUCACGCACUGAAACACAAAUUCACUUGACAAAAAAUGAAAAUAUUAAAAUGUAACACGAUGUCGUGAAUGAUAUUUAUAAAUGUGUGUAUAAAUGAACGCUUCAUGUACAGCAUAAUAUUUAAAAAACUGUUGAAAUAUGUUGAACAAAAAUGUAUAUAACAAUUUCUAAAUAUAGGUUAAAAUAAUAAUAUGUAUGUCACUCAA